AUGUGUCCUCUUUAUUUUCUUUACUACUUGCCUAUUAAGAAGCUCAUUUUUCAUCAAUCUUCUUCUCUAUCGGUUGCCUUUUCAAAAGAGGACGUGUUCUAUUCUCUUUCCAGUUGUGACAAUAAUAAGACUUCAAAUCCAGAUGGUUUCAACUUUUUCCUUAAUAAAAAAGCUUGGAAUAUUUUAGAGGAGGAUAUCAUCAAUAUUUUCUAUAGUUUCCAUAAGAGUGCAGAUUUUCCUAUUGGCUUGAACACGGAUUUUCUAGUUCUUUUGCCAAAAAUCAGAGGUGCUUCUAAAGUCUUGACAAUCAUAUUAGCUCCUAUUAUUUCUUCCAUCAUUUCAUAUUACCAAUUGGAUUUUGUGAGAGACACAAAUAUUCAUGAUUAUCAUAUAAUCGCUUCAGAGCUCAUUCACAUUAUGCACAGUCGUCGAGAUCAGGUUUUACGAUCAAGCUUGAUUUUAAAAAAGCCUUUGAUUCGAUUUCUUGAGAGUUUAUUCCAAAGAUGGGUUAGACUAGGUGAUUCCCUUUCUCGUAUACUCUUUGUUAUUGCGGUUGAAGGUUUGCGUGCUAUUGUAGCUAAAGUUAUUUCUAAAAUCCUGAUUGAUGGCAUUUCAAUGGAUGGUUAUGACAUUCCAGUCACUGUCUGCAAUUUGUAG